GACAAAGACAUGAAGUGUGGGACGGACCCUGACAGAGAUGGUGCAACAAACUGAUGCAGGGAAACCAGAUUUGAUGGCAAUGCGCACCAUUGUUCUCCGUGGCCUCCCUGUUCUACUUGGUGAUGACCCUGAUGACUUCUACCAUACCUGCUUUGAUUGUGACACUGAUGAGACCUGGGCCCAAGUAUCUGUCGGGGUGCUGACUGUUGUCCAUGAAGAUGUGCAACUCACUCCAAAUCAGCUCCACCUUCACCCACUGUCUACUGCCAUCAUUGUUGAGGGAGGUAUUGUAAUGGAUAAUCUCCAGAACCUACCUGAGGCACUUUGCCCCUUGUUUGGACUGUCCUACGCCUUACAUUCAGACUACCCUAACGCCACGAAGAACACUUUUGGCUUCAUUCAAAGAGUAAUGCUUGGCUUGGGAGAGAACAAACUCCCACCAAAGUUGCAAGGUCUUAAAAAUCUGUUGUUGCGUUGGAAGGCAAAGCCAUGGAUCAAAUCUCUAUUCACCUCUUCCAGACACGAGGCCAAGCGUUUCAGCACCUCCCCUCUGGACAGCGACUGGACCUUGUUGGACUUUGUCUCCCACACAACCAUAACAGCACAAAUGACGGACUUUCAGACUUCUUUCCAAACCUUUGUAUCGUCUGCCCCGUGCGAAACUAUCCAGCGGUGUUCCUGCUUGCUUAUCCUGAACCUGACUGUCCCUGACCUGAUCUGCCUGCCCGUUGCCUGA